CCUGUUCUAGAGGGAGUGACUUGAUCCAGGCGGCGUCCAAUUAUAUGGAAGCAGCACUUAUUCCACUUUAUUCCAGGCUACAGUUGAGUGGCUUGGAGCCUUCAGAGACACACAGACUUGUAGAAUAAAGGCAGAGCAACAGACAGAGAGACGGUACCCAUGUGACAUGUGCACGGAAAGCUGAAGACAAAGGUAGAAACCACACCGAGUCAGGUUGCGCGGAGAGGAGGCAGAGGAUGCUCCCAAACAAACCCACGAGAGGCUUCUUUUUUUCUCUCAUCUGGAAAUUUACGGCUUCACAUGAAUGAUUCAUGAGAGCCUGUUUUGAUUUCUAAAGGAGUAAAUAGGCUCUGUUUCACUGGCCAACCUGCCAAAACGCGCCAGCAGAGCUGGGAUCAGAGCCUGGAGAAAAAUCUGAAGUCAAUUAAUUUGGGGGGAGUUUGAUAAGAAUUCUGGACCUCGUCUGUCAAGGAUCAACUGUUGCUGCAGCCGGAGCGCGAACAGAGACAUUCUCCAAGUGUGUCUGGCUUUUUUACUGGAUGUUUGACCGUCACUCGGUUGUGCAUGCAGCCACACAGCCAGUGUUGUGCAAUUAACAUGGAAGAGAGACUGAUACUGCUUUUGAUGCCUUGGAUACACCUUCAUCUGUCCUGAUGUGAUGCCACAUUGUUGCGCUGAGGAGAAUGAUAAUAUGCCACACAGCUGCUGAUAAUCCCUGUGUGUGAAACUGUACAAAUACAUCUUUUUACCCCCGUUUGGACAGUUUGGGCAUUUUCACUCACUGUCACGUCAACACUGACACGCGUUUUGUUACUGUGACCUUGCCCGGUUUUGACAUCUAUUCAGCGGGAGAUCAUGCUGAUGAUGAUGGAGAACAGCGGCGUGGAUGUGCAUCAGGUUGACAUCGAUUCGGAAUUUGAGCCUCACGCUCGGCCGCCGUCGUGCACCUGGCCGCUGCCGUGUCCGGAAGACUUCCCCGGGGGAGAGGAGGCGAGCCGAGGUCUGGCCCUGGCGGCAGUCAAAGUGGAGCAGUACAACGUGCCGGCGUGCCGGGGCGAGAGGAAAGGCGGCGCGCCGGCCGAGAUCAAGCAUCCGGCCGGCGCCCCGGCUCCGGUCGUGGCCGCUCCCGCCUGCAUGUCCGGGGCUGCCCUCGACGUGGCCGGCCAGCUACGCAAAGCCAAGUCCUCCCGACGGAACGCGUGGGGAAACCUGUCGUAUGCAGAUCUCAUCACCCGUGCCAUCGAGAGCACCCCGGAGAAGAGGCUCACCCUGUCCCAGAUAUACGACUGGAUGGUUCGCUUUGUUCCUUAUUUUAAGGAUAAAGGCGACAGCAACAGUUCAGCCGGGUGGAAGAAUUCUAUCAGGCACAAUCUGUCGCUGCACAGUCGCUUCAUCCGGGUGCAAAAUGAAGGGACGGGGAAGAGUUCCUGGUGGAUGCUCAACCCAGAAGGCGGGAAGAUGGGAAAGGGACCGAGGCGACGUGCAUCUAUAGACAAUGGCACCCGCUACCUGAAGACGAAGGGUCGCAUCAGCCGGAAGAGAGCAGGGGCCAUGGGGCUCCAACGAGGACAAGGUCAGGGAGCUGGACCAGUGAUGCAAGGCUCCCCAGAGCACGGCAGUCCAGCGGCGAAAGGAGGUGUGGGCAUAGGUGGAGAGGAGUAUGAUACUUGGACAGACCUCCAUUCCCGCACGUCAUCUUCUGGCUCCACGUUGAGCGGCUGCCUAUCUCCAAUCCUAGCUGAGGCCGAGGCUGAUGAACCAGAGGAGGGUGGGCUUUCCAAUUCAGCUUCCCCAAGAAUAUACCCAAGCCCCACUAGCACGCGUUCCCCAGCCUUGGGCACUGGAGGCCACUGUCCCACGGUGGAGUUGCCUCAGCUGACUGACCUGACUGGGGCUAUCAGUCUAGAUGAGAGUGGCUACCCCCAGCCACCACAAAUUAAAUGCAAUGGUUAUCCCUAUGUGCCUGGACCCAAGGCAGAGGGCUCCUACUGUGCGCCAAUGUACGGACAGCCUUCUAUGGGCAUGCUGCGCCACCACACUCCAAUGGAGACCAUCCAGGAGAACAAGCCAGUCAGCUUCCAGCGCCCAGUGAGGGGCUAUUCAGAGAACAAUGCCCUGCAGAGUUUGCUCACUGGAGGUCCUCGAUAUUGCAACAAAGACACAGUCCUGAGCCAAGGACGGGAACCACACACAUUAAUGACACAGGGAACCAAUGGCAUUCACAGCCAGCACAACCACAAUCAGAAUCGUAGCCACAAUCAGAACCACAGCCAAGAGCAUGCUCGCAAUGCAAGUCUACACAAUGACCAUGACCAGAACACAACUCACCAUCAGAACCACAAUCAGGGUCACAAACACCAAGCCUGCCUCGACUACGCACACAGUCACAAGCCCCACCCGGCUCACGACUACGGUUCGAGUCAUGAUCACAAUCACAGUAAAGUAAAUCCUAGCCAUGAUCACAACCCUCACUCCACGCAGAGUCACCUGCACAACCACAAUCCCCACAACCCUCAUAACCCUAUGCAUAGCGGGCCUCACCAUCAGGCUCUUUCCCCGAGAGUGAGCACUGACAUCCUGCAGCCCUACAGUCUCAAGACCUCUAACCACUAUGGACCCCGUCCCCACCUCCCAACAUCCCCUUCUCUGCCCCCGAACCCUGCCGGCCUCAUGGGUGUUCCCCAGGACCCCUGCCGCCUGGCAUCCGCACCUCACCCUCGUCAUCAGCCUUACCCUGGAGCUCACCAUCAGGGUAUCACUGACUCCUGGCAUGGGUUCUACCCCAACAAUCACCAGUCAGGGAAUGCUGGUUUCCAACCUCAAAACUCCCAGAGUAGAAUGGCUGCUGACCUAGAGAUGGAGAAUGUCCCUAAUAGUCUAGACUGUGAUGUGGACUCUAUCCUGCUCAGUGAUUUUAUGAAUACAGAAAACAUGGACUUCAACUUUGAUGGUUCUCUGUCCCAGGGAGUGGGGAUGGGGAUGGGCAUGAGUCUAGGGGCUUUUGCAUGCCCCCCACCUUCACACAGCAACCAGAGCUGGGUGCCAGGGUGAACUUACGCCCAUACAUACAGACUCGUGACCAGAAAGCUCAUUCCCUGGGCUGGGCUGCUGUUUGGCUGUAGCCUUGGACUGACUGACUGACUGUGAUUCUGUAUCAUCAUUUUGUUUUCUGGGGACUCCCCACACUCCGAUGUUGUGCUCUUUCUCUUACUUAAAAGCCUUCUGUCGCCAUAUCGAACCUGCCCCCAGUUAGCACAGUGCUAAA